AUGGUCGUUCGCUUAGACAAUUUCCUCGGCCGUUUUCGAAAUUUCCAGAACAGUAGAACGCGAGUAGUUCAGUCACGGCUCGGUCUUGUCCACAAUGAACGCCGCAUCGCCAGGCGAUUUCGUUUCACGCAUCGACCGGUUUCGCGAUACUUUUCUAUUCAGAAAGUCCUUAGACCAGAUCGGGUGCAGGUGCAAGUAGAACAAGAAAGCGGGCAGAAUAAUUGGAUUCGUUUUAUUAGUGUAAUUCGAUUCGCUCGGUACGAAGCGAUUCGACAGAGUACUACACCUGAGGAAAUGAAUCUCUUGUUUGAUGAUGAUAGUGGAUCGUUUGUCGCGUUACCACAGGGUGAAUUGCGAGGCUCCACUGGUCGACAGCAGCGCGCUGCCUCUGGAGCACAGGUCGGUUUACGGGCCACCGGCUCAAUAUGGCCCUCCAGCGACGCACGGUGCCGAGGAGAAUUGGCCCCUCGCUUCCCCGGACACGCCUCAAAUAAAACACCUGCAGGUGCAAUGCGAGAAAACGCACAUGCGUGUGAACAUCGAGUUCGACAGGCCGUUUUACGGGAUGAUCUUCAGCAAGGGUUUCUACUCGGACCCGCAUUGCGUCCACUUGAAACCAGGCACCGGCCACCUCAGCGCAACGUUCGAGAUCUUCCUGAACUCCUGCGGAAUGACCUCGUCCGCGAAUCACAAUGUGGCGGCUUACGGGGCCCCGACGCCUUCCGGUAGUUACGUGGAGAACACUAUAAUCGUGCAGUACGAUCCGUACGUGCAAGAGGUCUGGGACCAAGCUAGGAAGCUACGUUGCACCUGGUACGAUUUCUACGAGAAGGCGGUAACCUUCAGACCCUUCCAAGUGGACAUGCUGCACGCUGUCACCGCCAACUUCCUUGGCGACAAUCUGCAAUGCUGGAUGCAGAUUCAAGUUGGUAAAGGGCCAUGGGCCAGUGAAGUGUCCGGUAUAGUGAAGAUAGGGCAAACGAUGACGAUGGUCUUGGCUAUUAAGGACGAUGAGAAUAAGUUUGACAUGUUGGUGAGGAACUGCGUCGCUCACGAUGGCAAGAGGGCACCUAUUCAGCUGGUGGAUCAAUAUGGGUGCGUUGUUAGGCCGAAGAUUAUGUCCAGGUUCCAAAAGAUAAAGAACUUCGGUCCAAGCGCCUCGGUUGUCAGCUUCGCUUACUUCCAAGCCUUCAAGUUCCCCGACAGUAUGAACGUCCACUUCCAGUGCGUGAUACAAGUAUGUCGUUACAAUUGUCCGGAGCCGAAAUGUGGACAUCCUGGAUUGGAAUACGGUGCCCCUGCUGCGGGCCUCACUCAGGAAUACGGUGCACCAGUUCAUCAGAGCCUCGGUGCCGAAUACGGAGCGCCCCCAGUACCUGAAUACGGUGUACCACCGGCAUUCGCUGAUCCUCGCCAUCCUAGCGGACCUGCUGGAGCUUACAGUGAACAGAACGCGGAUGUAGUACCAGCACCGCAAGCUCAAACCUCAUCCUCCUCGCCAAGUUCAACGCCGGGAGAUGCGACGGCCAGUAGCUCGCCACAAAGUCCGCAAGAUAACAUUCACCUUCCUCCACCUCCACUUCCUGGUCAUCCAGCAGGAGCCUAUCACACGGUGAAGAGAAAGGGAACCGCCGGUUCCGAGGAGCUCGAGGGUAACCUGGCCACCCUCGGAGGUCGGCCGAGGUCGGUUGAAGGUUUUCCAGCUGAGCUUAGAGGUGCCAGAAGACGAAGAUCCGGCGACGAAAUUCUGGAAGAUGAGGACUCCAGUAUCUACCGAACGGUCACCUUGGUCUCGAGCCACGUGUACAAGCGAGCGGCCCAAGAGAUGACCGACGUGAACACCUCGAGAACAAUCCAAGUGGUGGCACCGGGCGACGUGAAUUUCGCCCUGGGCACAACAAAUUCCAGCAACGACACCACCGUCGUCAUUCAAAACGCCAGCGCAUCGUCCGAUCCCGAAACAAUCUGCAUGAGCCUGCCAGGCUUCGUCGGCGGCCUCGUGAUGCUGCUUCUCGUGGUGGUCGUCGCGUCCCUCGUCGCCGCGUUCCUAUUCGUCAGGGUGCGCGCUGUCGACCGGAAGAACAUCGUGGCCGGAAGCGGCUUCGUUCAUCCGGCGUACGCGGCGGAGAACUGCAGCGUGCCGAACCCGGAAUUCGUGAAGGUGGCCAACUGAAACGUCGCGACGAUGAUAACGAGAGAGAGAGAAUGAUUUUUUCCUCGGCGGAUGGCCGAACCUCGGGGACGUACACCGUGCUGGAAACAUAUCGUUCAAUUUCAACGGCCAAGUUGCCUCGGACAUUCUCUCCGUUCUUUCGGUUUCCUCCCUCACCCCCCUAUCUGAAAUUCAGCUUCUUUCCCCCGGACCUCUCCCCCCUCCCUUAGUUGAAUCUCAUCGUUGAUCAAUCGAACGCGCGGUUCCUUCGGUCGAGCUCGCUUGAACGAAAGAAUAGAUGGAAUGCUCGGGCGAAUUUCGUGUAAAUAAAACGCGACUCCGCGGUCGGGGAGGGUGAAAAAGUGAGAAGGAGGAUGAAUCAAAGAAUCUUAUAGAAUGACGCAUCGAGGACGUUUCACCUGUUCACGAUUGUCACUGUUGAUCGCUGCCAUCAAAUAUGCGCGUCUGGUUUCGAGAAAUAUUUGCAGAAAGUGAAGCCACCUUUGAUUUUGAUAAUUUUUUUUUUUUAAUAAUUUGUCAGGGUUUGUCGUGCAUUAGAAAAUUAUUAUCGAUGGAAAUUUAUUCGAAAGUAAAUAAUUUUCGCGACACAAGGAAAAUUGGUGACUCUAACCCUAAUCUUCAAAUUUAAUUUUUAUUUAGUCUAAU